UGUACACAAACGGCGUGAUGUGCUACGGAGCAGACAGCUGCUGUCUGAUGUUUAGGUGCACCUCACCUGAACACUGUUUUUAAAUAAUUUGUUAAAUACGGAUUUGUCGGCUGCGCAGGAGGGGGGGAAAAAAUGGAGAAGUAUGAGAAGGUUUUGUGUUUGGGCAGAGGAGGAGUAGCAGACGUGUUCCUAAUGAGACAUGUGGAGCAGAAGAGGCUGUGUGCAGUGAAGAGGAUCAAAGUGGAGGACACAAGGGCAGCAAAGACGCAGAGGGCUAUUCUGCUGGAGGCGGAGAUCAUCAGGAGGCUGCAGCACCCUCACAUUGUGACAUGCCCUGAUGCCUUCGUCAACUCUGACGACGGCUUCAUUUACAUCGUGAUGGACUACUGUGAUGGUGGGACGCUAGACGACCGCGUCAAAGGGAGGAAGCCUGGGGAGUUUUUCUCCGAGGACACUGUGAUGAAGUGGUUCGCGCAAGUUACCAUGGCUGUUAAUUAUAUACACGCGUCCAAAAUACUCCACAGGGACAUCAAAACCUCAAAUGUGCUGCUGACAAAGCAAGGAGUGGUGAAGUUAGGGGACUUUGGCAUAUCCAGAGUGAUGAGCAACACAUCCGACAUGGCGUCCACAUGUGUUGGGACGCCCAGCUAUCUAAGUCCUGAGCUUUGUCAGGACUUGCCAUACAGCUGUAAGUCUGACAUCUGGGCUCUUGGCUGCCUCCUGUAUGAGGUCUGCGCUCUCAGAUCUCCGUUCGCAGCCACAAACCUCCUGAGUCUGUUCUACAAGAUCACCAAAGGAGAGUAUGACCCUGUCCCUAGUGCAUUCUCAGACAACAUUUCCCGUUUGAUCCAAACAAUGCUCAGCCUCAACCCAGAAAACAGACCAAGUGCCGCCUGUGUACUUGCCAUUGCACAUGUGCAAGCUCACAUGGAGUCUCUCAGAGAGGCAGACUGUACACCUGUGAGUGGUGUUAAUACAGAAGGAACUGGCGCAGACAUCAACAAAACAGCAGAUGUUCUCGGUCAGUCGCUCACACAUGAAAACCGAGAAGACGAUUUGGAGGUCAGCUGCUGUGAUGUCGAGGAAGAAGAUGCUUUGAGCGUCGACGGACUGGACCACUAUCCUGAGGACUUUGACGAAGACGGAAGCUCUGCUUCUCUAGAGGAACACAGUGAACGCUCUGGGGCGGGAACGAGGAGCAAUUCUGCUGACUGUGUCGGUAAUGAUGAGGUGGUAACGGAAAGUUUUGCGGAAUCUCCUGACACUUCAGAACAAGUUGACUACCCAGAUGACUUUGAGGAAGAUGAGGAAAGAGAAGAUCAGGGCGAUGUGUCACAGCAACACGACGAUGCACUGGUCGAAGAGUUUCAGCUCUGCGAUGCCGGAGGAUUGACCAUCACGCUGAAAGCACUUAAGGAAAAAGGCUAAAAAAAAAAAAAGGUCACAAUGGUCCUCAAUGUUAAAUAAAGGAACAUUAGUUGUGAAUAUUUUAAGUGCCUUAUUUGUUAAAUAUUUUCAGUAUUUGAGGUCCAGAGGGACAUCAGACCUUAUAUGUUUGACAAAGGUCAUCAGCAACCUCUGCCACAGGUCGGGCAUAAGCAUUGGAUUUAUUGAUUUAUUAUUAUUUAGUAGACAUAAAGAAUUCCUGUGCGGCUGAAAUCAGUCGUUUCACUGCUGGAUUAUGCUGAAAAAACACGUGGUGGGGCUAGAGAGAUUGAACCGUCACACUCAGCGCGAGCAGUUCCUGUCGCUGAUCGGUGAUGUGAAUAUUCCUUGACGAUGUUUCUGAUCAGUGGCCUAAGAUAUGGCAAUAAUGACGAGUGUGGCACAAGUUACUGGAUUAUGCGUUUAUUUUUAUAACAUUUCCAUUUUAUAUUGUACUCUUGUUGAAAACAGCACCGGGAACGAUUUCUUAAGUUGUAAAUCAAUAUUUAACAUCAAGACUUUCAAAAAUAAACGCGGUUAUA